CGACUAUCAACCCAUGUCUGAAGUAAUGUUUGUUACUAUUGGAAAGAAUAAGGGAGCUGGUCUUUUACCGAUGUUUGGUGGUCUGGUUGUUGGAAGCUUCCUAGUUAAACAAUUAAAAGGCAAAGAUUUGACUGUCGAUAGAACCUGGAAAACAUUGAAUGCUAAACAAAAAAAGGAAACCCCCGGGAUCAACUAUUUUCGCAUUUUUCUUUACACUUGUAUUGCAUUAGCUGUUUAUAAAUAUACAUCGGAUUACCUUCCCAUAGAUUAUUUUACCAAUAGAUU